CUUGUAUGGGCCGAGCCGGGCCGGGAGGGGCGGGACGAGGGGUCCGGCACCGCCCCGACCCCAGCCCGAGCCUAGGGCCGCGCCGCCGGCCGGGAGCGCAGAGCAGCGACUGCCGCACUCCGGCCCAGGCUCUGCGCUGCUGUAGGAGGAGUUUGCCGUCGCCUCCCCCCAACGCUCUGAGGCCGGAUUCCCCGCACAAGGUACCACCACAGCUGCCAACAUGUCCAGCAAACGUGCCAAGGCCAAGACCACCAAGAAGCGCCCUCAGCGCGCCACGUCCAACGUGUUUGCCAUGUUUGAUCAGUCCCAGAUUCAGGAAUUCAAGGAGGCCUUCAACAUGAUUGAUCAGAACAGGGAUGGCUUCAUUGACAAGGAGGACUUGCACGACAUGCUGGCCUCCAUGGGAAAGAACCCAACGGAUGAAUACCUGGAUGCCAUGAUGAAUGAGGCUCCGGGCCCCAUCAACUUCACCAUGUUCCUCACAAUGUUUGGUGAGAAGCUGAACGGCACUGAUCCAGAAGAUGUCAUCAGGAAUGCUUUUGCUUGCUUUGACGAAGAAGCAACAGGGUUCAUUCACGAGGACCAUCUGCGUGAACUGCUGACCACCAUGGGGGACAGGUUCACUGACGAGGAGGUGGACGAGAUGUACCGGGAGGCGCCCAUCGACAAGAAGGGCAACUUCAACUACGUGGAGUUCACCCGCAUCCUGAAGCACGGAGCCAAGGACAAGGACGAUUAGAGCCGAGAGCUGCCCCCUGCCUCCCGCAUGUGCCACCCGCGCCCCUCCCUCUCACUGCCCAGCCCCACUGCAGGCUCCCCCUGGCCGGGACGGCGCCCUGCUCCGUGCUGGUGCUUCCAUCGCGUGCCCUCCUGCCCUCUCCCAUUGCCCCGGGAUCCCGGCCAGGCUCCCCCCC